AUGAUCGAAGAUGUAACUUGGCUCGCAAGCGAACUGAUCAAACGAAAACGCUGUGUUCAUUUUUCGGUGCCUUUGGAAACGGUUGUCGAUUACGCAUCACGACUUUUGGGUCCUUCGCUGGUGUUAGUGGAUGCACAUUCAGAUACGGACAGUGGCAUCGACUUGUCAUUGUAUGAAGAUGAUCAUCGAAGCAACGACAUGACAAAGUCGGCGUGGCUGAAGCCGAUGCUUGCUUUGCCAGAUGUUCUAAACUUGGCACAUUAUGCAAAUCAGGUUAUUCCUGCUUUCCUCUUGGAAUCAGUUAUAGCCUUGCAGUUCGCUGCAAGAGGUUUUGAAAGAAACUGUCAAUUUUUUGGUCAGAGACGGGAUUCUCCUCCGAUUGCCAGAGCAACGUGA